GGAAGACAAUGUGAGCGAUAAGUCAAUUUACAUCUCGGAGUGACUCGCUGUAACAUGCGAAAACAAAUUCAUACCUCUUUAUUCUGAUAUAAUCGUGAAAAUUAUAGCAUGAAUUGUUUUUUGUAGUCAUAAUUAUCGUCAUUAUGGGAUAUUUAAAAGGAUUUUCUCUCCUUGAAUCGCGCAUGGCACGUUUUUUGUGGUCCGUGCUGUCCUCCAUACUAUUUCAUUCUGAUGCAACCCGGCAUUGUCGAGCAACAUGGCUGAAGAUGAACUGUUACCUUUUGACCCCACAAAUAUGAAAAAAAAGAAGAAGAAAAAGAAGGUACCCUUUGAAUUGGAUGGUGGGGCAGAAGAAGCAGAAACCCCCAGUCCAGCACCCCCCGAGGAGACACCUGAAGUAAAGACCGAGGAAAAGCCUUCAGAUAAAGCAGAUGAUGAUUUUUCACUGGACUUUGGUAUUAAAAAGAAAAAGAAGAAGAAAAAAGCAUUUGAUCUAAAUGAUAUGGAGGAAAAUUUACCAGAACCAGAACCUGAAAAGGAGAGUGCAGAACCAGAGGCCACAGAGGGGGCUGAGGAGGAAAUGAAUUUUAAUUUACCACUGAAGAAGAAAAAGAAAAAGAAGACUGUGGAUUUCAGUAUGAUUGAUAAUCUGGACUCGGAAAAACAGAAUGAAGGAGACAAUGACCUUGAAGACCGAUUUGGAAGUGUUGUUCCGGAGGGAAAAGCCUGGCUGGCCACUGACAGAGAUUACACAUAUGAUGAGUUACUGACACGGGUGUUUGACAUCAUACGAGAGAAGAACCCAGACAUGGUAGCAGGGGAGAAGAAGAAAUUCAUAAUGAGACCCCCACAGGUGCUCAAAGUUGGAACAAGGAAGUCAUCGUUUGCAAAUUUCUCAGAUAUUUGCAGAUUAUUGCAUCGACAACCAAAACACGUCUUGGCAUUCCUAUUAGCAGAGUUAGGAACAAGUGGCUCAGUGGAUGGCAACAAUCAGCUCAUUAUUAAAGGAAAGUACAACCAGAAACAGAUUGAGAACGUCCUCAGGAGAUAUAUCAAGGAAUACGUGACAUGCCAUACCUGUAGGUCGCCUGAUACCCUCCUUCAAAAGGACACAAGGAUUUUCUUUUUACAGUGCGAGACUUGUGGAUCCAGAUGUUCAGUAACUAGCAUUAAAUCCGGAUUCCAGGCUGUUACAGGCAAAAGAGCUGCUAUCCGAGCAAAGACAGCUUGAUUCUGACUUAUGUUUUUGGCAAAAAAAAUUCAAGUCUUUCAGUUUAUCGGAGUGGCUAAUACCAUUGUACUAGUGAGAGUCAAUGGAAGAUGUGCAUUGUGGCAGGAAGAAAAGUGCAUGUACAAACUUUUAAAUCAACCAGACAUUGUGUAUGUAUGGUGUAUAUAGUGUAUUUAAUCACUGCUUUAUGAAAAUUGUCUGAGGUUAUAAAUAUCCUUAUCUGAUUGAGGAACUAAAUGUAGUAUUAAAUCAUCAACAAAUGCAAAAUUACAGGUACAAUUUGUCAUUUUAGAACUCAUUGCAUAUUUGGUUACACACACACACACACACACACACUCACACACAGAGAAAGACUGGUGAGUUGAAUGGUUUCAUUGUUUCUAUAAUUCAUGGAAACAUUUUUUUAUUGUCAGUGUUUCUGAUAACAAUAAAUACAUGUAUUUUGAAUUCA